AUGUGGAUCAGUGACAUGUUCCCCUACUACAGCAGAUCUGGCAGGGGAUGGAAGGUGCAGUAAUCAGAAAUACUCCAAACACUCCAUGUCCAAACUGUCCAAAAUCGAGUGUCCAAAAAUAGUGUUAAUGCAAUACAUGUUCAUGCUUAUUUUGCCUCCCAGAACUCCAUCCGCCAUAACCUGUCCCUCAAUAAAUGCUUCCGGAAGGUUCCUCGACCCCAAAGUGACCCUGGGAAGGUGAGUCAUUCUAAAAACAUUCAAACAGGGCCACAUAGAUGCCACAUGUGAAGACGUUAGUGGCCAGUACACUCAGUGAUCCACUGUUCUCUGUGAAAUACAAUACCUAGGCUAGAAAUAGAUAAAAGUAUGAUAUUUCAAAAUAUACUGAAUAUAUUACAGUUUCAUACUUUUUUGUACUUUUGUAGUAAUACCUCUAAAUUGUGAGAACCCUCCACCUCUUGUGUUUCCAGGGUUCCUAUUGGAUGAUGGACAGCCCCUCAGAGCCCAAUCCGCUGAGAGGAACCAAGCGUCCGUUUCCAGCUGAAGAGGAGGAGGGGUCCAUCCAGGUCCCCCAUGUCUCAGUGAUGCAGGCAGAGAAACAGAAUUCACCCCAGACAGACCUUUAUACGCCUUUAGCACCGCCACAGGAACCUAGUCAACAACUAUCACCCCACCAACAUUCACUAUCCCCCCCACCCUGCAAGGUAGAGUAAGUUCAGUCCCAACAAAUGUAUCCAGUAGAUUGAUAAAGAUUACAACCAAAUAACAAGCUGUUGUUGUCUAUCACCUUGAUUCCACAGCAACGGCCACCCUAUAUGCAGUCCCCUGUCUCCUCUCUCUCUGUCCCCCAUGCGACUGUCUCCCCAUCUACUGCCCCUGCUACUCUCCCCUCUCUUUCUGUUCCUCACUCUCUCCCAUCUCUUUCUAUCCCUCACUCUCUCCCAUCUCUUUCUUUCCCUCACUCUCUCCCCUCUUUUUCUACCUCUCACUCUAUUGUCCCCUCUUCUGUCUCUCCUCAAACUCUCCCUUCUUCUUCUGUUCCCUCUCUCUCUGUUCCUGCUUUCUCUGUUCCCGCUCUUUCUGUCCCAUCUCUUUCUGUUGCCCCUACCUACGCCUCGUCUCACUCCUGUGAUCCCCAUCUCCGUUUCUCCUUCUCUGAUCUGAACCUGCCAGACCUCUACACCUCCUUCCAGUCCCUCUGCAGAAGCGUCAGGGAGAGAGUGGCCUCGCAAUGUACGUUCUCUCUCACUUUCUAAAUGUGUUUUUAUAUGUAUCUCUCUGUGCUGUCAGAGAAUGUGUGUAUGUGAGUGUUUAACUCUCUCUCUCUCUCUCUCUCUCUCUGUAGCGGACGUGGGUCCCUUAUUUAUGUUGACCAAUGACAGUACCCCACUGCACACCCCAACCCUCCCCCCUCUCUCCCCUCGUCCUGUACCCUCUGUAGCGCCUGGGCCUCCUCCUGAGGCAGACAGACUGUCUCACAGCAGUGGUGAUUAUAACAACUCAAUACUUGAACACUCAACACCUGAACACCUUAGCACUUCAAAAAUCUAUUCAAUUGUGUCUGUAGGCUUGUCACUGCACUAUGUGAAUAUGAUACAGUAACUAAGUCUUUGACAAACUAUGCCACCCCUCUCUCUCUGUUUAUCUCUGUAGUGGUGCCAGCAGACUGGUUCAGUACUACAGACGCUCUGAAGGAGAGCUUUAGGAUCGCCAGCAGUCUGGACUGGGCCAACAUUGACCUCACUAGCCACCCAGGUCACUUAACAAACGACAUGAUUAUUAUAGAUUAAUGCUACCCAUUUAUUUCUACAUUAUGUCAAUGUGAUAACUAUUUUUGUCAAUCUUCCUCUUCCGCCCUGCUAUUCUUUCCCCCAUCCUCCCUCUCUCCUCCAGACCUCCUGGAGAGCAUGCGCCAGGCCGAGCUCUGUGAUUGGGCGCUGGAGCCAACGCUCUUCACUUCGCUCUGUGAUUCGCUGAACCGUUUCUUCACUCAGAAGGGCCUGAUUGGCUCUUCCUCCGGUAACAACUCCCCAUUGGCCCACGGUGCCCCUCAAUCUCUGCUCCUCCCAUCCCUUACUCACAACACCCCCACCCUGGCCAGCCUGACUCACCCCUCUCCCCUGGCCUACCCCCCUUCCAGCAGUGGGCAGCCCCCCAGGAGGCCCCUCCACCCCCAAACCCAGAGUCUAAAGAGGCCCCACCUGACCCAGCCCGGAGCCCCUCAGACCAAUGGUGAGACCUCAGCCAUGGUCACAAGACGCCUUUCUAAACUAGUUACACAGUACUUUAGCUCUACAACUUCCAGUACACAGUAGUGGUGUUUUGGCAAGUUUUUUUGUUGCAAAGCCUAUUUUUGUUUGUUUUACAAAAAGUAAUAUUUUCUAUCAGUGUAAAGCUUUGCUUCGCUCAAUGGUACAGGUUGGGGUUAUUUAGUCAAAUAUAGUAGGCAUGCUACAGUGCAUCACUCUGAUGUAAUCAAAUGGCUUCCUGUUUCCUUGCCUUUGUUGGCCUCAAUACCACGAAUGUAACAGGGACAGGGCUGGGUUGGUAAGGUGGAAAGUCCACCCCAGUCACCUCAUGACGUCACAUUGUGAAGGAGAUGAGGAAACGGGAAGUGAUAAUAGGGAAGUGAACAUUAAACUGCUUUGAAAGGGACUUGAGUUGUACUCCUUGUAAUAGUUUGAGGUCUGUGCAGUUCUUUCCUAGUCAACAAAGGAGGCUUAUCAUAGUGUCUUCCUCUCUUCUCCACUCUCACACAGCUGGGAUCCAAGUUCAACCUAAACCCCGUCCCCCUAUGAAACAUCUCCAUAACAACAGUGAGGAGAUCCAAGAUGACUUUGACUGGGACUCUCUGAUCGCCUGACACAGAGUGGAUUCUGUUUGCCCCACGAUUCCAUUCAGGAAGCCUACUGGAUCAGUGUUGCCCGCUGGCACAGAUCUAGGAUCAGCUUACUCUCCCCCAAAAACAAACCUGGACCACUGGGAGGAAACAUGCAAAACUGAACUUAGAUCAGUAUCUAGGGGAAACUUCCUCCUACUCCGAGGGGGCUCACAUACAAAACACUACACCCUAUAUUCAGCUGCCUCACCACAAACACACAGACACUACUCUUGACAGUGAGGAUGGUCAUUGGUACAUUGAUUAUGACUGAAUGCUGUAUGCUUAUUUGCUGCAAUUGUAUCCCCAUCAUCUGGAAGUCUUCACAGAAGCUUCUGGACAUGCAUAUAUCCUCCAACUGACAGAGGAGACUUCACGUUAAUAAAACAUUAUAAAAAUGAAUUAUUGUCCCAGUUUUUCCCUGUCCAACAGCAUUGGCACAUCAAAC